AUGAAGCAGGAAUCAUUUCUGCAAGUUAAGAAUAACUUGCUAAACAGUCAUUAAGCAAUUAGCAUACAAGAACUUAAAUAAAAAGGUCCUAAAAACAUAAUAGAUAAUAUUUAAUACUCACUUUCAGAUGAUGACUAUGACGAUUAUCAGGAAGAGAUAAAUUAUAAAUAUGCAAAAAUUUUAUAAAUGGAUUAGCAGUCAAUAAGAACAAAUCAUUUUUUAUAAGCUCCGUUACAUACAAACAGAUAAAAUCACAGAAAUAGUUAUUUAGGCAAGUAAUAGAACCCUAAGCCAAGAAGCAACACUCCAAGAAAAACAAACAACAAUUAAGAUGAUUUCAGCAAAGAUUCUGAAAAUGAAAAAGCUACUCAAUAAAAUUUUUUUUAGAAAAAGAAAAAGAAGCCAACAAUAAAGAAGUCUUAAACACAAGAAGAACAAUAGAUAUAACAAAUAUAAGAAAUAACCCCAAAGUCAAGCAAUACCAAUUAAAAAAAGCAUAAAAAUAGUUUAAAAAAUAUUAUUCUGUCUUAUAUGGAGGAAACAAAUGAAUUAAAUACUUCUCUAAAUGAUGUUGUUAAUUUUAGAAUUAGAUCUUCAAGCUAUGAUGAAAAAACCUGUCUUUUUACAUAUAUUACUAAUUUACAAUCAAGUUUUCAUAGAGCUAUGUAGUUUAAAAGAGAGACCAAUUUUGAAAUAUUUGAUUGCAUCGAAGUUAUCAGGUUUAUAUUAGUGACUUACUAUGAUUAGAUGCCUCACCAAAUACACAUUACUCUUAAAGAGCUGGUCAAUAUUAUGAUAGAUUUUCUUGAGUUUAAUACUAUAUAUCUCAAGAAUGGGGGAGCUAAGCAAUUAUUAGAUAGGUUAAAUGAAAGUGAAAAAGUUUUUAAAAAGUAUAGCUUGUUUUAUAAUAGCAAUUAAAAAAUGAGUGAAAUUGAUAAUAGCCCUGAAAAUAAAACAAAGAUAAAUUAAAAUAGGAUAGUUUCAAACCCAAAUGUUUCAAUUACAAAAGAAUUAAGCAGUAACAGUCUAAAUACUCCACAAAUAUCAAAAACUUAAAAAUCUAAGUUUUAUUAGUAUGAAGAGAAUGAAUGCUAAAGCUCUAAAAAUGUAACAACAAAAUCUCUAACUAAAAUAGUAUAAGAAUAGGAAAUAUAAGAUAAAUAAUUCAGAUUUGGCUUAAAUGUUAAUGGAUAGAAUUAAAUAUCAAAUCAGGAAGAAAAUUUAGGUUUGAAACAAUAAACGUCUUUAAUUUCUAUAGGAAGCUCUCCUUACACAUAAAAGAUCACUCCAUCUCAAGUUUCUAGGUAUAAGGAAGAAAGGAGAUAAAGUUAGGAAUCAUCAAGCUCUCCUUUUCAAAGCUUAUUCAAAAGAAAAUCAAUAAGCAUUUAAUCUUAUCAAACAUAAAUUCAGAAGAUAUAUUACAUCUCGAGAUAUAUUUUUACCAAAGUAGGAUAUUUGCUUCAUUAUUAAAAAAUGCAAAAUUAUUUCUUUCGUGAGGAGGAAAUAAUGAAGGUUAAGUAACAUUAAAAACUUCGACUAUUACAACAUAAGAGAACUACUUCACUAGAUCCUUACUAAUCAGACUGUACUCCGUUAUCAUCAGAUUCAUUUUAAGCUAUUCAGAGUCCCCAAUCAACUUUUUCUCAAAUCGGCAGUAUGAGUCCUUUUUUAAACUCUCCUCUAAGCAGUAACAGUAGUGGUGCAAAUUAAAAAGGCUCAAAAGAAGAUUAAUUUAAUGUUACAAUUCUUUAUUAAAAAGUAAAUGAAAAUACUGACAUUCAUGAUCAAAAGUACUAAGGCCUAAUAUAAAUUUUAAGAAAAGUACGUCAUCUAGAAAAUGAAAAUCACAUGCUUUCUAAAAAAGCUAAGGCUCUCUUUUAUAACAUAAAAAUUUUAAUUUUGGAUUAGGAAGAAAACUUUAUAUAAAAAAGAUAGUUUUUAUUGCACAAAUUUUUUAUUUGGAAAAUGAAAAGAUGGUACACUUAAUAUAAAAGAUAAAAGACAGAGAGUAAAAAAAUGUCUCUUUUUGUUAAUUAAUACAAGGAAAAGUAGGUUUGUAGAAUAUGUGAUUAAAAAGUAUUUCUUAAACACUUCAAGUAUCACUCUCAGCUUUGCAAGGAAAGAGAAGAAAUUAAAAAAGAUCUUAAAAUUAAUAUGAAAUAAAUUAAUAGUGAAAUGUUUUAUUUUUUAUAAAAAUCAAGAAGUUUAGGAAUUAAAUGCUAGCUCUUGUAAAAAAAAAUUGAAAAAAUCUUUAAACUUCAAGAAUAAAAUAUGGGAAAAUAAAUUUAAGUAUUGAGAAGGAAGUCUUUUUAAACGUUUGCUGAUGAUAAAACAAAUAAGGCAAUUAUAGAAUAAGGCAAUAAAAAUAAAAAAAGUUCUAAUUCUUUUAAAGAAUACUUGAAUAAUUAGAGAUAAAGAAAUUCUCUACAAUCAACCUCAACAGAAAAGUUACAAAUAGAGAAUAAAUAUUCUAAAUCUAGCUUGAACCACAUAUAAGAUAUUAGUUAUUGCUAGAUACAAGAAGACGUAAAUGAUGAUAAUUCAGCAAGUAAAAGUUCAUCUUCUUCUUCCUCAGAUUCAAAUGAUGAAAAUGAUACUAAAAAUGGUUAUAAAUAGGAUUCCUUAUCUUAAUUUGAUAAAGAUCAUGAUAAAGGAAGCAAAAAGGGUAGCAGAAAAAAUAGUUCUUCUGCCAGUAGAUAAAAAUUAGGAAGUAGUUCAUCGCUAAAUAGCAAAAGAAAAAAAUCGACCUCUUAAGAUAUUUAAAAUAAAGAAAAUUAGCCUUAUUCUUCAAGUAAUUAGUUACAGUAAUAACAAUAAAAUUCAUAGGAGCAGAUAUAAAUUAGCUCUUUGGCUUCAAUUGAUAAGCAAAAUUCCAAAAAUGAGCUACCUAUUAUAAACGAGUAAACAGAAUAUGAAGAGGAUCACUCAAAGCCUUUUAUUAAUUCAGAUAAGGGUAUUAGACCAAUUGGAUUUAAAAGCAAUACUCCUAAGCACUCUAUCAAAAUUGGAAUUGUUAAAGAAGCUAUUUCAGCCAGUUCAAUCCUUUGCACUUCUGAUGAAGAAGAAAAGAUCGUAUCAUAAGUAUAUUGUCCCAGUACUCCUAAUAUAGAUAUAUCAAAUUAGGCUGAUACAAGGAAAAUAUAAGUUUGUAAAUUAGGCUAAAUUAUUGAAGAAGCAGAAACUAGCAAGAAUCCCUCUAAAGAUGAUAAAAUCCUAGGUCCUAAUGAUAUUGAUAAAGAUAGCUCUGAAAAUGUAGGAGAAAGCUUGGCUGAAUUUGAAAAAAAAUCUAGUGAAGAAGAAGUAAAUAGAAGUAAAGAUUAAAGCUCUUUGAAUAAAAAAAAAUAGCAAUUAAUUACUCAAAGUAUCAAAUCUUUAGUUGCUCAGUAGUUAGUGACAGAAGAAGAUGAGUUGAUUCAGGAUAAAUAAAAUGAGGUUCAUUAAGAUGACGAUAGUUAGCCUUCUCCUGGAUUUUAUAAUAUAGACCAAUUUUAGUAACAAAAAGUAGAUGAAGAAGAAAUAGAAUAAAAGGUUUCUCAGCUUUCUUUAAAAUCAUAUAAUUAAAUGGACUAGCUAAAAUAAUCUAAUAAUUCCAGCUUAUAUGAAAAUAAUGAGUAAGUUUAAAAAGAUAAAGAUAAUGUUUAAGAUAUCAACCCAUUAAAUUAAUCUGUAAAGAGCUCAAAAUCUGUUUCUUAGGAAGACAAAAAAAUAUCUCAAGAAUCUGAAAACGUGCACAAUAACUAACCUACUUAAGAAUAAUUUUUAAUUUAAUAAGUUUCCCCUUUACCUGAAAUUUUUGAAAAGGAAUUCAAAGAAAUCAAUUGCAAGAAUAAUUAUUAGUAUUAAGAAUCUAAUUUAUUUUAAUCUUCAACUAACAGAAUAUAAAAUAAUAGUAGCUCUUAGACAUAGUAAGAUAGUUUAGUGAUGAAUUAAUUUAGUGGUGACGAUAAAACUUUGAACCAAAUUUAAAAUAACUCCCUCUCUAAUAAAUCUUCAAACGUGAAUUCACCAGACAUUAAGUCAAAUAAAAAAAAGUAAGCUUUAAAAGAAGACUUGAAAGAAAAGUUUAAUAUUCUUUAAAAAAAUAUUAAAAAUAACGAAUUCUUAAAUGAGAUAGAGUCUGAAUUUAGUUCAAGUGGAAAGAAUAAUAUCAAUUCUUCUAAAGAAAUGUAGAAUAAAUCCAACAAUAUUCGCUUGUAGUUAAAUCGCUUAGCAUCCCAGGAUAUUACUAAUAUAAAUUCCCCUUUUAAAGUAUAUCAAUAAUUAUCAGUUGCAAAUUCAGAUGAUAAACUGCCCAAUAGCUCACAUGCUAGCAAAAGCAGCUUAAAAGAAGAGACUAAUAAUAAAUCUUAGAAGCAAUAAAAGCAAACUGAAGAUAAUUUCACUUUUUCUUAAUUUAACUUGAAUUAAACUUAAAAUAACAUCCCUCAAUAACAGAUUUCUUUUAUUUCUAAUUCAUUAGAAAAGAGCAAAUAAUUUAUAGGAAAUACAGAAAAUAAUAUUGAAUAAGAAAAUUAAAAGGGUUAAGAGUCCUAGCAAACUAUUAAGCAUAUUUAUCCUGUUAACUUGAGAUAAAGGAUUGUUAGCAAUCCAAAUCCAUCAUAAUUGGCAUAUCAAAGAGAAAACAAUUCAACUUCACCAUCUUCUUCUAGUUCAAACAAUGGAGAUAAUAAAUAAUUAAAUUCUAUAAGCUUUACUCAAUUCAAAGAAGGCGGGAUUAUAGACACGAAAAGAAAAUCUCUCAACAAACCAACAAAGAAAUAUGGAUCACCUUUAAAAAAACACACUCCCUUAAAUAUAACUCCUAAAAAUAAAGACAAUUAAUUAGUUUAAGACAUUGUUAAGCUCAGUAAUAACUUUGAAUUGAAAAUUAAGUAGCACCAACUUAAAUCUAACCAUAUUUGUCUCAGAAUAUUUGAGCUUAUAUAGCAACUUAGCAAGAUGUUUUUUAUUUAGGACUUUUAAAAUAACUGGAAAAGAAAAAGAAUGAUACUUGAAGAUAAUAAAUAGAAAAUCGAGUAUUUGUUAUAAAAAUCAAUGAUCCCUAAGGACUAUGCCUCUAAGAUAUCAAAUAUUCUCUUAACAUUUGCACAUAGAGUUGAAUUGCUCGAAAAAUUAUAAAAUAUUGAAAGACAACUCACAAAAUAAGUAGAAGACAUCAACGAGGAAAUAGAGAGAACAGAUGACAAUUUAUCUAAUGACUCUGGUGCUACUAAAUAAUCUAAUAUAACUUCUAACAAAGUCACAAGCAGCAAAUAAUAAUUGCAGAAUUAACAGUAUUUAGUAAGAUAAAAAUUCAAAAGUGGAACUCAUAUAAGCAGUAGGACUUAGAUUUCUAAAGAUUCCUACUACUUAGAGUCUCCAACAACAUAGUCAGACUAGCAGUCAAACCCUUCUAAUAACAAUCUUACAUCAAACGUUCAGCAAAUCUCUCCUCUUAAAAACAACUACUUAAUUUAAGGUAUUAGCACUUUACAAAAUGGUAAAAAUAAAGCUACUUCAGCUUCAGCAAAUUAAUCUCCUGAAAAAUAAGAAACUCAAGCUCAUAAUUCUCACUCUUAGGAAUAAAAUAUAGAAAACCCUCGUUUACAGGAAAGAGCUAGUUCCUUUCCAAAUAACUCCACUUUUCAUGAGUUCAAUAAUAUUAAUCAAGACUCAAGUAAUUUAAACAACGAUGAAAUACAAAGUCAUUCUAAUUCUAAUUCUACUAUGCAACAAUCAAGUGUAGAGGAAGGAAGGUAAAAGUCAUUAUCAGUAGUAAAUUCACAGACAAGCAUGCUUUUAAAAAAUAAAAGAAGAAUGAGCGCCUAAAAUAAUUUAACUUUGGACAUUAAAAAUAAAAUAGUCUAAAAGAUAAAUUUAGAACUAUCUAACUAAAACCAGCAAAAUGAAGAUAAAUUUAGCUUUAAAGAUGAGGAUAUUAGCAAAAAACUGAGUACUUAUGAAAAAUUUGAUUUGAUUAUGAAGUAAGCAAUGCAAAAAUUUGAAAGUGAUCUCUUUAAUUUUGAAAAACCUUUAAAGUAUAAUAAUGGAUAUUUUUCUGAUGGGUGUGUUGAAAACUGUUACUAAUCUUUAGAAAACAUUGUUAAAAAGGAAAGUAACCACCAAAUUAAUAUUGGAGAUUUCGAAUUUCUUAAACUAAUCAGCAAAGGAGCUUUUGGUAGAGUUUGGCUUGUCAAAAAGAAGAACACUGAUAAUGUAUAUGCUAUGAAAAUAGUUAAUUUAGCAGAAAAGAUGAAUAAAAACAACUUGAUGAGUCUCUAGAACGAAAGAGACAUUUUUGGGAUUGUUUCUGGUGAUUUUUUCGUCAAAGCAGUAUAUACAUUUGCUCAUGAAAGUUAUCUCUGCUUUGUUAUGGAGUAUAUGAUAGGAGGUGAUUUAGGUAGUAUUCAAUAGCAGUUUGGAGUUUUAGAAGAAUCAGUAGCAAGGUUUUAUAUUGCUGAAAUAAUUCUAGCAUGCAGUUAACUACAUAAAGCGGGUAUUGUUCAUAGAGAUUUAAAGCCUGAUAACUUGCUACUAGACAGCAAAGGUCACUUGAAAUUAACUGAUUUUGGCUUAAGUGAUAUGGGUAUGAGAAGCAGAAAUAUGGAGAAUUCAAAAUAAAAAAAAUUCAGAUAGGAAUAUAAUAAUUUGAAGAGAGGGAUGGAUAGAAUUAGUAGUAUUAAAGGAGCUGAUAAGAUAUUUUCUUCCCUAACUCCAUAGAGUAAAAGUGAUAAAACUAGGGAAUUAAAGCAGAUGAAAACUAACCUCGAUGUUAUCCUCAACAAAGAAACAAAAAAAAUGAAAAAUAAGAAAAAAUUUCGUAUCAUAGGUACUCCUGAUUAUAUACCCCCAGAAGUUAUUAAGGGAAGCAACAAUUUAAAUUGUGCAACAUUAGAUUGGUGGAGUGUAGGAGUUAUUUUGUUUGAAAUGCUUGUGGGAAUACCUCCCUUUAAUGAUGAAACUGUAGAAAAAAUAUUUGACAAUAUCAUCAAUAUGAGAGUUCCUUGGGAUUAAAUUAAUAUAGGAUAUGGAGAAGACGAAGUUUCUCCUGAAGCUGAGGAUUUAAUUAAAAAGUUAAUGGAUCCAAACCCACAAACUAGAUUAGGUGCUAAUGGAGUUGAAGAAGUAUAGUCACAUCCUUUUUUUAAUAACUUUGAUUGGGAUAACGUAAGAAAAAUGAAUGCUCCUGUUAUUCCAAAAGUAAAAAAUGUUUUAGAUACAAGUAACUUUGAUAAACAGAUAGAGUAUACAGAAAGAGAAAAGAUAGACCCUUUUUACGGACUCUCUAAAGGUUAAGAAGAUGUUGACAAAGCAAAAGAUAUUUUAAAAGCUUACAACUUUUAAAUGAAGAGAUAUGAUAUUCUCUAUGAAGAAAAUUGUUAAUAACUAGAAGAAAUUCAGAAAAAAAUGAAAUUCAUGGAAGAAGAAAUUAAAAAAGAUGAAUAAGAAUUAGAAAAACUAGAAGUCGAGUAUGGUUCUGAUGAUGAAGAUUCAUAAGAAGCCCAACCAUUUAAUAUACCCAAGAGUGUUGUUACUUUUUAGGAUUUGGAAUAAAUAGGCAGCAAUCCUAUUACUAUGACUUUUCCUAGAUUUAAUAAAGAAGAAGUUGAUAGCUCUUACAAUUCUUUGAGAAACAUUUCAGAUAAUACCCAAAGCUAGCAUAAUUCGCAGCCUAAUUCUAAUAAAUUGCUAAACAAUAAUGAUUGCACAUCAAAGAAUCAGUUCAACAAGAUUUAAGAAGAUGACCAAGAGCAUUAAAUAAGCAAUAACUGCAUUGAAUUAUGA